UAAAUAGCUUUAGGAACUAUCUUACCAAGAUAGAAGAAUACAAAUCAAAACUGAUAUGCAUAUAUUUAAGUGGUGCAGCAGCUAGUGCCAGCUCUUCAAAUAGCAUGCUGGUUUGUUGCGACUUGCAGCACCUUUUACCUUAAGCUUGCUCAUCAGAAUCUCAAAAAGCCUUCCUUUUUGAAAAAGUGUUUUAUUUUUUUAUUAAGAUUCCAGUCCUAUACUUGAUGCCCUUCAGACUAAUACUUCAGACCCUGACUGAAUAAGAAAAAAAAAAAAUCCCCUCCAAACAAUAUACAUAGGAGAGCACAAUGUUCUCCUAAACAUACAAUUAUCUCCCUGAAGAGAGGCGAGAAAGGAAACUUCAUAUGAUGUUAAUCGCAUUGCUGUGCACUUUUGGCAGGACUAGGCCCUGCCUGGGUUCACAUAUGUAACCAUGGCUGUGUAUGUGGAUCACCAUAUAGAUGCUCCUGAUUCAGUUGGCACCCCUUCAGACAUAACAUGGCACCCUCUUCAUCCACUUUUGGCUGUUGCUUCUGUCAGUGCAGCUUCUGGAGGCAGCGUGGAUAUCUAUCUGGAACAGGGAGAGCAUGUGCCAGAAGCACACACUGAAAGGAGCUUUCAGGCCACAGCCCUUGGCUGGCACCCCUCCAGACCUAUCUUGGCAGUGGGCUGGGAGGCAGGAGAAUUGAUAGUAAUUAACAAACAGGACAAGGAACAUCACACAGUACCCCCUGAGCAUAAUGCUGAAAUUACCAUCCUAAACUGGAGUACUAAUGGUACCCGCCUUGUAUCUGGUGAUAGGCUUGGUGUUUUGUUUCUAUGGAGAAUAGACCAGCGAGGUCGAGUGCAAGGUCCCCCACUGCUGAAACAUGAGUAUGGAAAACAUCUGUCUCACUGUAUCUUUCGGCCACCCCCUCCCGGCGAGGAUCUGGUACAGUUGGCAAAAGCUGCAGUGAGUGGUGAUGAAAAAGCUCUAGAUAUGUUUAACUGGAGAAAAGCUGGAAUGGGAGUGCCUCUGAAAGUUGGACCCCAGGAGGGACUGUCUUUCUUUAUCAGCGUGACAGAUGGGCACUCCAGCACCUUACAAGGGUCUGUUCAUUAUGUGAAUGAGAAAGGAAAGACAAGCCGUGCAUUGACCACAGACAGUCCAGUCCAAAAGCUUCUUUUUAUGGAGAAGAGGGAUGUUUUAGCGGUAAUAACAGAGAACCUCUUGCUGUCCGUGUACACAGUCAAGCAGGAUGGAGAAGCAGAGGAGGUCAUGAAGGUAAAGUUGAGUGGGAAGGUGGGUCAUUCUGCAGAUAUCAUAGUAAUUGAACGCAGCCUUCUUGUUACAGCAAUAGGGGAGACGGUCCUCAGGUUCUGGGAUUUGGAGCGGAGUGAGAACUAUGUGCUUUCUCCAGAUAUGAAGCUUGGCUUUGAGGCAGGAGAAUGUGUAAACUGUGUUUCUUACUGCAGUGCUAAAGGUCUCCUAGCAGCUGGUACCAACAAAGGCAGAAUAGCUAUAUGGAGAAAAGCAUCAGUGUCUGGUCAGAGCCCAUGGGCAUUGGAGGGCAAGGACAGAUGGAGGCUUCAAACCCCUACAGAGCUUGGGGGGAAUAUUAGUCAGAUAAAGUGGGGCUCCAAAAAGAAUCUGCUGGCAGUGAAUAACAACAGCUCUGUGGUGAUCCUCAGUGAACAGGCCAUGUCAUCUCAUUUCCAUCAGCAAGUGGCGGCAGUUCAAGUGUCCCCAAGUCUAUUUAAUGUGACCUUCUUCAGCACAGGAAGCACACACAGCCUUGCCCUUGACAUGCACAUUAAUGGAGUUUUUGCCACCAAGGAUGCUGUGGUAUUCUGGAAUGGGAAGCAAAUCACUGUCUUUGAGUGCUCUGGAGCUACUUUACAAAAUGCAGGUAGGAUUUCACAGUGCAGCAAACAGGAAGGUUCUUUUCUCUGUGACUCUCCAGUCCUGGCUGUACAUGAAGAAAGCCUUUAUACAGUUGAGCCAAAUCGGGUUCAGGUGCGCACCUGGCAGGGCACUGUCAAGCAGCUGCUAGUGUUCUCUGAAGCAGAGGGGAAUCCAUGCCAUUUGGAUGUCUGUGGAAAUUUUCUGGCUGUGGGAACUGACUUGGCUCACUUUAAAAUCUUUGAUCUUUCUCGCAGAGAGGCAAAAGUGCACUGCAAUAGCAAGAAUUUGGCUGAGCUGUUUCCUGGCCUUGGAAGAAUAGCAUCUGUCAAGUGUAAUGCUAAUGGCAACAAAGUCAGCAUCCUCAUCAACAAGCCUGAUGAUAGCCUUGAUUCCAAAAUCUGUUUCUAUGAUGUUGAAAUGGACACAAUCAUGCUCUUUGACUUCAAGGCUGGAAAAGAAGAUGGUGGGGAGAUGCUUUCCUAUUCAGGACAAGAACCUGAGAACAGGAAUAUUACUGGGCCUCCUGAUCUGCACAGUCGCAUCCCCAUUAGACACUUCUGGGACCAGAGUGAACCAAGGCUCUUUGUAUGUGAAGCAAUUCUUGAACCAAACCAUCCAUUUCUAGAAAAGACUCAAAACCAGACAGAGAGCUCAGAAAGCACACCGGAUGUUUUGAUUAUAUCAUUCUUCAGUACUGAAGAGCAUGGCCUUUUGCUGCAGGAUAGCUUUCCGUUGCCUGUAGCCUACCAGUCUCUUCUGGGCAUGGAAGUACCACACUAUUACUUUGCAAAAAAGCCAGGAGAAGUUGAGAAGGAGGCACAAGUGGAAUCUGCUUCAAUACGACUCUCACAGAUGGUAGCCAGGAGACCCAUGAGAGAUUUCAUUGGGCUGGAAGAAUGUGAUAAAACCACACGGGAUGCCAUGCUUAACUUCAGCUUUUAUCUAACCAUUGGGGACAUGGAUGAAGCCUUCAAAUCCAUCAAGCUCAUCAAAAGCGAGGCAGUCUGGGAGAAUAUGGCCCGCAUGUGUGUGAAGACACAAAGGCUGGAUGUUGCCAAAGUUUGCCUUGGAAACAUGGGUCAUGCCAGAGGAGCCAAGGCAUUAAGAGAGGCAGAACGAGAACCAGAGCAAGAAGCCAGGGUGGCAAUGUUGGCAAUUCAGCUGGGCAUGCUGGAAGAUGCAGAGCGACUGUACAAGAUCUGCAAACGCUAUGACCUCCUGAACAAGUUCUACCAGGCUUCUGACCAGUGGCAGAAAGCCAUAGAAGUCGCUGAGACACAUGAUCGGGUUCAUCUGCGCACCAUGUACUACAACUAUGCCAAACAUCUGGAGGCCACUGGGGAACACAGUCUUGCACUCACCUACUAUGAGAAAUCAGACACGCAUAGGUUUGAAGUGCCCAGAAUGCUCUCUGAAGAUUUACAAGCCUUGGAGAUCUAUGUCAACAAGAUGAAAGAUAAGGCCCUGUGGAAAUGGUGGGCACAGUACUUGGAGAGCCAGUCAGAAAUGGAAUCUGCACUAAAAUACUAUGAGUUGGCCCAGGACUAUUUUUCCUUAGUCCGUGUGCACUGCUUUCAGGGCAACAUCCAGAAGGCAGCUGAAAUAGCGAAUGAAACAGGAAAUUGGGCAGCAUCGUAUCACCUGGCCCGCCAGUAUGAGAGCCAGGAGGAAAUCAAACAGGCUGUGCACUUCUACACCAGGGCUCAGGCCUUCAACAAUGCCAUCCGCCUGUGUAAGGAAAACAACCUGGAUGACCAGCUGAUGAACUUAGCUCUGCUGAGCUCCCCAGAGGACAUGAUAGAGGCAGCCUGCUAUUAUGAGGAGAAAGGGGAACAAAUGGACAGAGCAGUCAUGUUGUACCACAAGGCGGGACACUUCUCUAAAGCACUGGAGCUGGCCUUUGCCACACAGCAGUUUGGGGCCCUGCAGUUGAUUGCUGAGGACUUGGAUGAGAAAGCAGACCCUGCCCUGCUGGCACGCUGUUCCGACUUCUUCAUUGAACAUGGCCAAUAUGAAAAAGCUGUGGAGUUGCUGCUAGCAGCCAAAAAGUACCACGAAGCCCUGCAGCUUUGUCUGCAGCAGAACCUGACUAUUACAGAGGAGAUGGCAGAGAAGAUGACCAUCUCCAAGGAUUCCAAGGAGCUCUCUGAGGAAUCUAGGCGAGAGUUGUUGGAGCAGAUUGCUGACUGCUGCAUGCGGCAAGGCAAUUACCAUAUGGCAGCCAAGAAAUACACUCAAGCAGGAAACAAACUAAAGGCUAUGAGAGCACUGCUGAAGUCUGGAGACACAGAGAAGAUAGUAUUUUUUGCUGGAGUCUCCAGACAGAGAGAGAUUUAUAUUAUGGCAGCCAACUAUUUACAGUCGUUGGAUUGGCGUAAAGACCCAGAGAUUAUGAAGAAUAUCAUUAGCUUCUAUACCAAAGGAAGAGCCCUUGAUCUCUUAGCUGGCUUUUAUGAUGCUUGUGCUCAGGUAGAGAUCGAUGAGUAUCAGAACUAUGAGAAAGCACAAGGAGCCCUGACUGAGGCAUAUAAAUGCCUAUCAAAGGCAAAGAUUAGGAGCCCUGUUGAGCAGGAAAGCAAACUGGCACUUUUGCAAAGCAAAAUGGCUCUAAUCAAGCGAUUCAUCCAGGCUCGAAGAGCUUACUCUGAAGAUCCCAAGGAGGCAAUCAGGCAGUGCGAACUUCUCCUAGAUGAGCCAGACCUUGACAGUACCAUUCGCUUAGGUGACGUCUUGGGAUUUAUAGUUGAACAUUACUUGCAGGUGGAGGAAUUCCAGAUGGCCUACAGAUACUUGGAAGAGAUGAGGAAAAGAAUUCCAUGUGUGAACCUGACCUAUUAUGUGAGUCAACGCACCAUAGAGGCAGUUCACAGGGGGCUGGGCAUCCCCUUGAGCCGCAACCCUGUCCCAGAGAGAAUUCGUCACAAUAGCAUGGAAGACAACAAGGAGGUCGAAGAGGAUGUGGCUGAUGAAGUGGAGGAUCCAUGACAGCUCACUUUUCUAAAUACUGGACUGGUUUAUUCCAGAAGUUAACACUGCUGAGAGAAACAAGGCAUAGUUCUUUGGCAUAAUACCCAGCUUCCUGAUCAGUUCUCCCUAGGGGCAAGAAGGCCACCACUUUAUUUCUAAAAAGCCUUGAUGCAGUAGAUUGUUUGGUUUAUACCAAGCAGUUUAAUUUUGUUAUGCUUGAAAGUAUAAGCAGAACUGUUCAAGUGAUGAACUCCUUAAAUACAUGUGUAAUGCAGAAGGGCUGACAGCUAUUGUUAAUCUUCUUUUAAAAGUUCCCAGAUUUAGAGUGGUUAUUUUUAAUAUGUUAUUAAAUUUUUAAGAAAAAAAA